AUGGAUACCUCGAUGCCCCUAGUUGGGCGAAGCCGGGCGAUUUGGACUGUCUGUGUGCGGUGGUCGGUCUACUAUGGAGCACAUACGAUAACGAGGAAUUAUACUGACUGUGAGCAGGCACUAUUCACGUUUCUGAAUAUCUGCUGCAUUAUUGGAACCGAGAGUGGUGUUGGCCAUAAAAUCCAGGACUUUACAAGCCUGCAUAUACUCGAAAAAGCAAUGCUGUGGUGGUGGUUAGGUCAAAUGCUCUAUAUUUGGUCAUCGGCAGUCGCUAAGGUUUCAAUCGCUCUGGCCCUUAUUCGUUUGACAGUACGGAGGAUGCACCUGGUUAUCCUCUGGACAGUGAUUGCUGUCGUCAUUGCGAUCGGCCUUAUGUUCUGGCUCGUCCUGCUCUUCGACUGCAACCCAGUCUCCUACUUUUGGUUACGCAUUAAUCCAAUGAAUACGGGGACAUGCUUAUCGACCGAUAUCCUCCUCGCCAUCGCAUACCUGUAUAGCGCACUUACCAUAUUCUGCGAUUUUACCUUGGGAAUCUUCCCCGUCUUUUUGAUUUGGAACCUGCAGAUGAACGGCAGGACAAAGGCUGCUUUGGGUGGGAUUUUAAGCAUGGGCGCCAUGGGGAAAUAUCCCCUGUCGAGCCUUACCGGAAAUACCUCCAAGACUGCAGGCUCUCGCGAUCCUAGAUAUUGGCGCCCAGAUAUUACUUCUGAUGAGUCGCCUACUUUUGUUGUGACUUCGGUAUCAUCGCCGCACCGUCUUCACGCCAAUGAUAACAGCAGUCAAGAGGUCCUGUACCCUGUGUCCGACCCCUGGCUGCCUCCGAACAGUGUCAAUGUGCACAAAACCUUCCGGGUUGGAGAAGAGGAAGCCUAA